AUGGCCGGGGGCACCAGGCCUCAACCCACACGGGAGCUGAAAAAGCCAGCAUUGCGAGGUUCAACCAGACCACGAGCUUCUAUUGCCCCUGAACGAGUAGAGACCCCGAAAAUAUCCUCGCGGACACAGACACCCAGUGCGACACGAGCUCUGAAUUCCCCUACUGAAAAUGCUGGCAACAAACGAAAGGAGCGUGAUUUUGAACAGAAUGUUCCUGGGGACACAAAUAUCCGGGUCAUUGUCCGCUGCAGGGGCAGGAGUGAUAGGGAGAUCAAGGAGAAUAGCGGCGUUGUUAUAUCUACUGAAGGAGUGAAAGGGACAACUGUGGAAGUGUCUAUGGGUCCCAAUGCGCUGGGAAAUAAAGAGUACCAAUUCGAUAAGGUCUUUUCUCCAGCCGCCGAUCAAGCUAUAAUAUUCGAGGAUGUCGUUACCCCGAUAUUAAAUGAGAUGCUCUCCGGAUACAAUUGUACCAUAUUCGCAUAUGGCCAAACUGGUACCGGGAAAACGUAUACCAUGUCAGGCGAUAUGACAGAGACUCUUGGAUUGCUAUCGGACAGUGCUGGUAUAAUACCGCGCAUUCUUCAUGCUCUAUUUCAAAAGAUCGAAGGCGUUGAUAGUUCUGUCAAAUGCUCCUUUAUCGAACUGUACAAUGAGGACCUCAGGGAUCUUCUUUCGUCCGAAGAUAAUGUCAAGCUGAAAAUAUACGAAGAAGGCAUGAAGAAGGGCCACAAUGGUACCAUGAUCCAAGGAGUGGGCGAAACAUAUAUCAACUCUGCAUCUGCCGGGAUUAAACUGCUCCAGGAGGGCAGUCAUCGGCGACAGGUCGCUUCAACAAAGUGCAAUGACCUCAGUUCACGAAGUCAUAGUAUUUUUACCAUUACCACCUUCCUCAAGCGGAUUUCGGACAAGGGUGAGGAAUAUAUAUGCAGCGGAAAACUAAAUCUCGUUGAUCUUGCCGGGAGUGAAGACAUUCGACGUAGUGGCGCUGAAAACAAGAGAGCUACUGAAGCUGGGUCGAUAAACAAGAGCUUGCUUACACUUGGACGAGUUAUAAAUGCUUUGGUUGACAAAAGCCCUCAUAUACCCUAUCGGUAA